UACAUGUUUAGUAAUUUCUAAAGCACUGCUUGCGUAAGCGUGGCAACGUCCUGGACGUAUUCCAGAGCUUGAACCACAAAGUUUAACUCCCGUGCUACACGUUUAAGCUUUGAGGGCGGUUAUUAAUGCAUGCGCUAAGUAUUCAGUUGAGGGUGAGGUUUGCGGCCUGAUAAAUUUCAACAUGAGUAAACGGAAGGCUCCGGGGGAAAACCCAAAUGAGGGCAUCACAGACUUCUUAACUGAACUUGCAAACUAUGAGAAGAAUGUAAACAGAGCCAUCCACAAGUAUAAUGCCUACAGGAAAGCAGCAUCUGUUAUAGCCAAGUACCCAACAAAGAUCAAGAGUGGAGCAGAAGCUAAGAAACUGGAUGGCGUUGGAACAAAGAUUGCUGACAAGAUUGACGAAUUCUUAACAACAGGAAAACUUAAAAAGCUGGAAAAGAUCCGUCAAGAUGAUGCAAGCACAUCAAUCAACUUCCUUACAAGAGUUACAGGAAUAGGACCAGCUGCAGCUAGGAAGCUUUUUGAUGAAGGAAUUAGGACAAUAGAAGAUUUGAAGAAGAAUGAAAGCAAGCUGAACCACCACCAGAAGAUUGGCUUAAAAUAUUUUGAAGAGUUUGAGCAGCGCAUACCUCGAGACGAACUGGAAAAGAUGGAGAAAAUUGUUUUGAAAACAGUCAAGAAAAUAGAUCGUAGAUACAUUGCUACAGUAUGUGGGAGUUACAGGCGAGGUGCUGACUCCAGUGGUGAUAUGGAUAUUCUUCUCACACACCCAUCUUAUACCUCAGAAUCUUCAGAACUGAAGAAACAAUUUUUGCAUCAGGUAGUGGAGGAACUGGAGAGUAUUGGCUUUAUUACAGACACACUGUCCAAGGGGGAGACCAAAUUCAUGGGAGUAUGUCAGUUAGCAGGUGAUAAAGAUACUGAUUACCUACACAGACGCAUUGAUAUAAGGUUGAUCCCUACAGACCAGUACUUUUGUGGCGUUCUUUACUUCACUGGCAGUGACAUUUUCAAUAAGAAUAUGAGGGCUCAUGCUUUGGAGCAGGGAUUUACUCUCAACGAGUAUACCAUCCGACCUGUUGGAGUCACAGGAGUACCAGGGGAACCAUUACCUGUGGAAAGUGAAGAGGACAUUUUGAAUAUAUUGGAUGGCGUUAUCGUGAACCCAAAGACCGAAGCGAGUGACCAUGUUCGUCUCCAUUGUCCACUGAGGUGGUGCUUUUUACCAGGAUUGAUAUGCUACCCUUUUAACUGUUAGUUAGAUGUUAAAGAUUUUGUCUAUUAGUCAUAGGAUUUACAUGUAGUAAGGAGGUGCGCAUUAAAUGCAGUUUAUUUAAACAUUUUCUUUUGAGGGAUUACUUACAUGCAUAUUUAGGCUAAUUCUGACUGUGAUGAAAUGAUAGGCAUUAUUUUAAAAAUAGUAAUGAAAUAUGAGUGCUAGUAGCAUUUGAUUGUUCUUGAAUUCUGCUCCAGUCAUUAGGAAACCAUAUUUUUGAAUUUGUAUAUUAUUUUAUUGAAAAAUAUCGUUUUGAGAUACACAUGUGUACUUAUCAAAAAUCUUAAAACAAGGAUACAUUAUUUCAUGGAAAACAGUUUACAUGAUGCAUUGGGAACAGAAUGAUGCUGUCUGAAUAAUAAGCAAUAAUCUGAUUUCAGUUAUUGUUUAAAAAGAAACUGCAACAACUAAGUGUGAAAAAGCUCUGGGUAACCAAAGCGAUAGUAGUAAUUACAUUUCAUUCUUGUUAAAUGUUGAUUUAGUUAUAUAACAGAACAAUGUAUUUUAAUGACUUCAUGAUUUAAUACAUAAGGUGUAUAUUA